CGGAGCCCUCCCCGGCCUGCAGCGAGUGUGCCAGGCCUGUCCGUGCUGUCCGAGCCACCGACCCAUCCCUGGAAGUGUUCGAGGCCAGGAUGGACGGGGCUUGGAGCAACCUGUGAUAGUGGAAGGUGUCCCUGCCCAUGGCAGGGGGUGGAACUGGAUGAGCUUUAAGGUCCUUUCCCACCCAAACCACUCCAUGAUUUCAUGACCCCUCAGGCGCCCCGUGCCAAGGGGGGGCUGUGUCUGGCUGUUCUCAGUCACAGCUGCCCAAAGACUUUGCAGGAGCAGCAGUGCUGACCCUGGCACGCAUGGACUGUCCUCAGAGUUCAGAGUGACACAGGGCUUUUCUGACUGGGGUGUAGGUCACCGGUGCCUGCAUGACACCAGGCAGGCUCCCUGGCAGUUGUCACCUGUGAAGGAAUAUGCUGUGCAAAUAAGGUCUCCUGAUUUCCCUGUGGGUUCAGAUUAUUCCAAUUAUGAAUUGGACCCUUCUGCAAGUGUGCCAGUAAUGCUCAGGGAGCUAAUCCCAGGGAAGAGGUGAAAAUAACCCUGAAAAGUAUUAGCUUAGCAUGAACAUUACAUACCGAGGCAAUUCCCAGCUCUUUCUUAACACAGCAUCUCUGAAGUGCAGUUGUUUCCCAGUUACUGCAGCUUGGAUCCCGAGUGCUGGCCAAGCUGCCCCUGCCCUGGCAGCCUGCUGCUGCCAGUGGGUUUGGCUUGCUUACACUGGGGCAACCUGGGGUUUUUGAUCUGAGUGGCAGUGACUGCUGCUGCUUCUGAGGUGUGCCAGCAGCUCAGGUGGGUGAGAUGAAUGCACCGCUGAGAACAUUUCAUUUGUAACGAAACAGAUGAGAACCAGGAACACAAGGUUUGUGCAGACAGCAGUGAGCACUGUAGCAUCCUCAGUUGUGUGCAGAUAUGCAGGAGCUGUCUGUCUGUGCUGAUAAAGCCUGCAUGUCCAGGGCUGGAGGACUAAAGCUUUGAGGGUGAACUGUCUUCUUCUUCUGUUCCUCUUAUGAGAGUGUCACAGAGCCAGGAGAGUGUCCUGCUGAGAUCAGGGAGCAGCACUGCUGUGGGGAGCUCUGAAGCUUCAACAAGGUGGGGUGGCCCUGCAGGCACUAGCUGUGAGGCUGCUGGCACAUGGCUUCCAUGGCAUUUUGUCUUUGCAGAGCUUCCUGAGAGCUGGGCCGAUAUGCAGGAGCCACUGCUUGAGGGGAUGUGCUUCACCCUGAAGUAUCUAGGCAUGACUCUGGUAGAAAAACCAAAAGGAGAAGACAUGGCUGCCGCCGCCAUUCGCAGGAUUGUGGCCACGGCACGGGUGGGAGCUCGCAAGUUCCAGAAGGUGAUUCUGACAGUGUCUCCGAGGGGCAUCUCACUGCAGGAUGCAGACACAAAGGAAAUGGUGGAGAACGUCUCUAUCUACAGGAUCUCCUACUGCACAACAGACAAACUGCAGAACAAAGUCUUCGCUUAUGUUGCCCAGAGCCAGGAGAGUGGGGCACUGGAGUGCCAUGCCUUCCUCUCACCCAAGAAGAAGAUUGCACAGGCUGUGACUCUGACUGUGGCCCAGGCCUUCCAGAUGGCUCUGGAUCUCUGGGAAGCAACACAUGCAGGCUCUAGGCAGGAUCAGCCCUUUCUCCCUUCAUGUGUCAUGGAGAACAGUGAGCCCGGCAGACCCCGUGAGCCAGCCCCCCGGGGGAGCCCUCCCUUCAGACACCAGUUUGGGGAGGAGGAAGAGGAGGAGGAAGAUGAUAAUGUCGGUGAAACCUUAUCUGGCAGCAUGGAGGAGCUGGGGAGGGGAGCCCAUAGCCCAGCAGAAUUAACACCUCUUGUGCCCCGAGCACGCUCUCCUACAGCGCAGCUACUGUGCUAUCACCUGGGGCACUCCUCAGACGGCUGGACAGGGCUGGGAGGGGUUGGAGACCUCCCCACCUCUGGCCCCAGGACUGCUGGCCCCAAGACUCCCCUGGGCUAAGCCAAAUCUCUGCGACAAUGGACCAGCCACUCAGGAUUCACCCUGUGCCUGCACCCGGGCCAGCCAGUGCCUGCCCCUGCCCUGGCACUGCCCUCUGGGCACGGGGGCUGCCGGCACCACUGCCAUGGAAUGCACAGGCUGUGACACCCGCUCCUUGUCCUGCUCUGCCUGCAUGAACCGCCUAAAGCUGCAGGUGCUCCCAGCUCAGGCUGGGGGACCUGUGCUCCUCACUCUGCCUGCUCCCAGGCCACACAGUGCUCUGAGCCUGCUGGAUGCAACCAGUGCACAUCCUCAGGGAGCAAUAGCUCUUGGCCUGGAGCAGUGUGUGAGGAAGGCCUUGCCCCUGCAGUUCAGCCCCACACCCUCUCGUGAGUGAAACGAGCUGGUUUUUAAAGAAAAGCUCUGCCUUUAUAGAGAAAUAAACUGAGUUUUUUACUGUU